AUGUCAGCCGAAGCCGAGAAAUUCAUCCGAGAAGUCUGGGGGCUCCAAGGUGCUGCGUACCUUGUAGUCGGGAUGCGAUACUACAGCCGGAUCUCUACGUUGGGAUGGCGAAAGGUUUCCUGGGACGACCUCCUGAUGGGCGUCGCAACUCUUGUGUACACAGCCGAAUCAGUUGCAGCAUAUUACGUCGUGGCGUUCUGGAAAGGAUUCGCCAAUAAUGGCAUGACCGACGAGCAACGGGCUACUCUAGAUCCAGCAUCGGAAGAGUGGCAGUUGCGAGUCAAUGGAUCCAAGACUCAUGUCAUUGGCCUCCUAUUGUAUACAACUCUACUAUGGCUGUUGAAGGCUUGCUGGGUCAUCUACUACUCGCGCCUGACGUAUGUCACACUGUCAACUACGUAG